CAGAACAGAAAAAUUCCUCAGACCGUAACUCUUAAAGAUGUUGUGCGACAUAUUUAAAGAAUUAACUGUGACUGUUUGUUAAACAUGCUGACAGCAACAUUCUCUUUAAUGGCUUAUUUUUUGAUUUCAGGUACUUGAUCCAUUGACGCUCCCUUCAAAGCCGUCGUUAUGAGUUUUACUCGUUUGGACGUUUGUGUGGGCCUCCUCGUCGAGACCUUUAAUAUGUACGCCAAGAAAGACGGAAAUGCAAGCACCCUGACUAAAGCGGAGGCGAAGGAGCUUUUUAAGGCUGAAUUGAAAGGCACUCUUGUGAAAGCCACUGAGGAGGAAGAAACAGAUAAAAUCUUCAAUGAGUUGGAUGCAGACAAGGAUGGCGUUAUUAAUUUCCAGGAGUUUGUCACCUUGGUUGGCACCAUGGCUACUUUGUGCCACGACUACCUCACUGAGCUGGGAGAACUAGCCAAGCACGAGCUGCCUGCCCCCCGACAGUAAAGAAACAGAUGUUUCCUAGAGCUCCAAAACACAUACUAAAUGACAAGGAAGCCAUAAAAACUUUAUACUGUAAUGCACAAUUUAAUAAACUUUUCUUCAAAAAGA